AUCUUGAAGAUCUUUUUAUUGGGGGAAACAGACUAAGUGGGAUGAUAUUAACAUCUAUCUCAAAUGCUUCAAGUCUCGUAGGUUUAGACGUCGGUUCUAACCAAUUUACUGGUCCAAUUCCUCAUUCUCUUGGUGGCUUAAGAUUCCUAGAAGUCUUAGCUCUUGGAGAUAAUAGUUUCUCUUAUGAAUCUCAUUCCGGAGAGUUAAGCUUCCUGACUUUCCUAUCAAAUUGCAGAUAUCUAAAGCAGUUAUGGUUAAGUCUGAAUCCUUUGAAUGGCUUCCUUCCAAUUUCUAUUGGAAAUCUUUCAAGCACUCUCGAAUCCUUUUAUUUAGAUAAUAGUGGAAUUAUUGGCCAUAUUCCAAGUUCCAUUGGAAACUUAAGCAACUUGGUAGACCUCAAUUUGUCUGGAAAUGCCUUGGAAGGGACCAUUCCAAGAACUAUUGGAGGGUUACUGAACCUUCAGAGAGUUGAGCUUGGGUAUAACAAAAUAGAGGGACCUUUUCCACGUCAGUUCUGUCAUCUAUUCAACCUAGGCCAUUUAAGUUUGAAAAGUAAUAUGGUCUCUGGUAUGCUUCCUAGUUGCAUAGAGAACAUGACUUCCCUAAGAUAUCUUUAUCUGGACUCCAACAAUUUAACUUCUAUUGUGCCCUCAAGCUUGUGGAGAGUUGGGGAUAUAUUGGAGCUCAAUUUGUCCAAAAAUUCUUUUAGCAGUUCUUUGUCCUCAGAAAUUGGAAAUUUGAAGGAGCUAAUCAUGAUGGACCUAUCUGUUAAUGACUUUUAUGGAGAUAUCCCUACAGCCAUAGGAGCACUAGAGAAGUUACAGAUACUAUCCUUGAAACAUAACAGGAUACAAGGAUUUAUUCCGGAUUCCAUGAAGAAUAUGUUGGAGUUACAGUAUUUGGACUUCUCAUUUAACAAUUUGGCUGGUGAAAUUCCCAAGUCACUGGAAGCACUCUCAAAUCUUGUAUACUUUAAUGUGUCUUUCAACAGACUCAGAGGACCAAUUCCACAUGGAGGAAAUUUUGCCAACUUUACAGAACUAUCUUUUCUCUCAAAUGAAGCUUUGUGUGAUGCUUCUUGGCUCCAACCUUGUCAAACUUUUGAACAUAGAUCAAAGAAAAAGAUUUUCUUGCCUGUGUUGUUGGCACUUGGAUCAGCAAUCUUAGCCAUGGUCAUUUCAUUUUUGGUGAUAAGAAAGUGGAGAAGAAAAAUUGUGAUUCCAACUAAUUUUGAUCCGGAAGCAACACUUGAAAGGGUAUCCUAUCAUGAACUUAGACAGAUGACAAAUGGGUUCAAUGAUGAUAUGGUACUUGGCUCGGGAGCCUUUGGCUCAGUUUACAAGGGAGUACGUGAAAAUGGGACGAUUUGGGCUAUAAAGGUUUUCAAUUUGCAGCUAGAAGGUGCAUUUAAAAGCUUUGAUAUAGAAUCUGAAGUCCUACGUAGUCUUCGUCAUCGUAAUCUGACUAAAGUUAUCAGUGCUUGCUCUAACCCUGACUUUAAAGCUUUGGUACUUGAAUACAUGCCUAAUAGAAGUCUAGACAAAUGGCUUUAUUCAGGCAACCAAAUCUUGAAUACCAUGCAAAGGUUGGACAUUAUGAUAGAUGUGGCUUGUGGUUUAGAAUAUCUUCACUAUGGUUAUUCAACUCCUGUAGUCCACUGUGAUUUGAAGCCUAGCAACAUUCUUCUUGAUCAAUAUAUGGUUGGCCAUGUUUGCGAUUUUGGAAUCACGAAAUUAUUGGGAGAUGGAGAAAGUGUGGUACAAACAAAGACCCUCGCUACAAUUGGAUAUAUUGCCCCAGAGUAUGGACUAGAAGGAUUGGUUUCAACAAGUUGUGAUGUAUAUAGCUUUGGGAUUACAUUGAUGGAGACAUUUACAAAGAGGGGGCCCAAGGAUGAGAUGUUUACUGAAGAACUAAGCCUGCAGAGAUGGGUAAAAGAAUCCUUACCAGAUUCCGUGAUUCAGGUUAUAGAUGUGGACUUAGUUCAUCUUGAAGAUGAAGUAGUCAAGAAUAAGAUAGCGUGCAUAUCAUCUAUCUUGCAACUUGCUUUAUGUUGUACACCUGACGCUCCUAAGGACAGAAUGAGCAUGAAAGAUGUCCUAAGAACACUCCAGAAGAUCAAACUUCAAUUCUCCGAGGGGCUUAAACCUUGAAGCAGGUAUAUAACUGUUAUAUAAAGAUAACUAAAAAUUGCA